AUGGCCAAGCCGAGGAAGAAGAGAAGGACACAUGUCCCCCGUGAUGAUGCACCAGGGAAGCCAGGUCAAGGAAGCCGUCGCCCAAAAAGCAUGGUUAUCCGAAUGGGCGCUGGCGACGUCGGCCCCAGUGUCACCCAGCUGGCCAGAGAUUUUCGGACUGUGAUGGAACCGGACACUGCGAGCAGGCUGAGGGAACGGCGAGCGAACAAACUGAAAGAUUACACCGCCAUGGCUGGCCCUCUGGGGGUAACGCACCUUUUCCUCUUUUCACGAUCCAAGACCGGCAACGUCCAUCUCAGGGUUGCAUUGGCACCUCGGGGCCCGACCCUGACCUUCAGAAUCGAGCGGUACGCCCUGUGCAAAGAUAUAGCCAAAGCUCAGAAGCAUCCUCGCGGAGGAGGGAAAGAAUACUUGAAUGCUCCCUUAUUAGUCAUGAACAACUUUACCUCGCAGGCCGCGGGCGAGCCCAACGCAGAUCCGAUCAAAAAACAACUCGAGACCCUGACUACCACCGUCUUUCAGGGCAUCUUCCCACCCAUCAGCCCACAGACGACAUCGUUGAACUCAAUCAAGCGAAUCCUGCUUUUAAACCGAGAAACUCAAGCAGACGGAACGUAUGUAAUCAGCCUGCGACACUACGCCAUCACAACUCGCAAAGCAGGCGUGUCGAAACGAGUCCGGAGGUUUGAUCCGAGCGAGCAGCGCCUCAGAGAGAAAAAGACGGGGGCAUUGCCAAACCUGGGCAAACUGGACGAUAUGGCAGACUACAUUCUAGACCCGUCGGCAGCAGGAUAUACCUCAGCCAGUGAGACAGAACUCGACACCGAUGCAGAGGUCGAGGUAAUGCAAUCAACGACCCAGCGUGUGCUCAGCAGACGCGAGCAACAAAAACAGCAGGGUGAUGAGAAAGAAAAGGCGAAAGCCACAGAAGCUGGCUCGAAUGUUGAGAAGCGAGCAGUUAAAUUGGUCGAGCUGGGUCCCCGGAUGAGGCUGCGCAUGGUGAAAGUGGAAGAAGGCAUCUGCGAGGGGCGAGUGAUGUGGAAUGAGUUCGUGACGAAGACAAAAGCCGAGGAGAAGGAGUUAGAUGAGAGAUGGGAGCAGAGACGCAAAGAGAAAGAGGCGCGCAAAAAACAGCAGAGGGAGAAUGUGGAACGGAAAAAGUUGCUGAAGAAGAAUACAAAGGCGAAUGCUGGACAGGACGGCGAAGAAGGCGAAGAUGAAGACGAAGAAGAGGAGUGGGAUAGCGAUGAGCUUGAAGAUUGGGAUGAUGCCGACGAUGUGGAUGACAUCGCCGAUGGUGAUGAGGUGGAGGCCGAGGCCGAGGACGAAGAAGACGAAGAAGACGAAGAGAUGGAAGGCUGA